AUGGCAACUGCCCCUGACACACCCUGCCUUUCUGAGCUCGGGGCACUCUUCUCCAGGAACAUAAGCACCGUCUCUGGCACCCGCCCCUGCAACCAAAGCACGCGGCAGAGCCUUCUCUACUCACCACAAGCCACUGCUGCCAUUGCCAUUUCUAUCACUUUUAUGAUGGUUAUGACCAUUGUGGGCAACAUUUUAGUCAUAAUUGCUGUUCUCACAUCUCGGUCCCUCAAAGGAGCUCAGAACCUGUUUUUGGUGUCUUUGGCCGCUGCUGAUAUUUUAGUAGCGACUCUCAUCAUCCCAUUCUCUUUGGCCAAUGAGUUGCAGGGACACUGGGCCUUCUCUUCUCUUUGGUGUGAAAUCUACCUGGCGUUGGAUGUUCUCUUCUGCACUUCGUCCAUCGUGCACCUGUGUGCCAUUGCACUUGACCGCUACUUGUCCAUCUCUCGGCCAGUAUCCUAUGGCACCAAACGCACCCCUAAACGAAUUAAAGCAGCUAUUGUCAUUGUUUGGCUCAUAUCUGCUGUAAUAUCAUUCCCACCGUUGCUUACGCUGGACAAGAGUGACGGAGGAGAAGAAGUGUCUGUUGCAUGCAGACACAACGUGGAGGACCAGGCGGACAGCAUGUCCAGCUCUGGCUCUGUGACAGAGCUGCAAAUCAAAGUGACAGGUAUUGACGAUGAAGAAGACGUAGAAGGGACCGCACCGAUGAAGACUAAAGAGCAAAAGGUGGUAUAUUGCAAAACCAAAGGCUUAAAAGUACAAGCCAUGAACUUGGCAAGUAGAUACAAACACACCAUGGCCUCUCAGGCGGGAUGCAAAGUGUCUGUGGAGGAGAGUCCCAACAUCCACGGGACUCCAACAUCACGGCGCAAAGCUAUGGUCAACCGAGAGAAGCGCUUCACGUUUGUCUUAGCGGUGGUCAUGGGGGUGUUCGUCAUCUGCUGGUUCCCAUUUUUCUUUACUUAUUCUCUUAUGGCUGUAUGCCCCGAUACAUGCACCAUUCCGAACCCGCUCUUCAAGUUUUUCUUUUGGAUUGGUUAUUGCAACUCCUGCCUCAACCCGGUCAUCUACACUAUUUUUAACAAGGACUUUAGAAGAGCAUUCAAGAAGAUAGUGUGCAGAGAUAUGAAGGGUGAAAACAAAAACAACUUUGGUCUUGCGACAUCUGCCUCGGUUUUGUUAUACUGGAUGCGAAGAGGAGUAAACAGCCUACAGUUCAACCAGGACCAGAGUUGCUUUUGUUGUGCGAUGGAGACUGGAGUAAGAAUUUAUAAUGUGGAACCCUUAAUGGAGAAGGGUCAUCUGGAUCAUGAACAAGUGGGCAGUGUCGCCUUAUGCUCUAUGCUUCAUCGCUCCAACUUACUGGCUUUAGUUGGAGGAGGAGUCAGCCCAAAAUUCUCAGAAAUAUCUGUUCUUAUUUGGGAUGAUGCCAGAGAAUCACGUGACACAAAAGACAAGCUUGUGUUGGAGUUUACCUUUACUAAACCAGUAUUAGCUGUUCGAAUGAGACAAGACAAGAUCAUUAUUAUACUGAAAAACAGAAUAUAUGUGUACACAUUUCCGGACAAUCCAAUUAAGCUAUUUGAGUUUGACACCAGAGAUAAUCCCAAAGGCUUGUGUGACUUGUGUCCGAGUUCAGAGAAACAGCUCUUGGUUUUCCCUGGACAUAAAUGUGGCAGUCUACAGUUAGUUGAUCUGUCAAACACAAAGCCUGCAGGGACCGUUGCAGCAUCAGCGUCCCGUAAAGGAACGCUGAUCCGACUGUUUGACACCACCACAAGAGACAAACUUGUCGAGCUGCGCAGAGGAACUGACCCGGCUACUCUCUACUGCAUCAACUUUAGCCAUGACUCUUCAUUCUUAUGUGCAUCGAGCGACAAAGGAACAGUGCACAUCUUUGCACUUAAAGACACCAAACUAAACAGGCGAUCUGCGUUAGCACGAGUUGGAAAAGUUGGCCCUGUCAUUGGUCAGUAUGUAGACAGCCAGUGGUCGUUGGCCAGCUUUACUGUGCCGGCUGAAUGUGCCUGUAUUUGUGCCUUUGGGAAAAACACAUCGAAAAAUGUCAACUCUGUUAUAGCUAUUUGUGUGGAUGGCACCUUCCACAAGUAUGUCUUCACCCCUGAUGGCAACUGCAACAGAGAAGCCUUCGAUGUGUACCUCGAUAUAUGUGAUGAUGACGACUUCUAA